AUGCUCAUGAUGUCGACGUUAGCCUUUGACGGUCAAGUCAAUUUUCUAACAGCGGCUAUUGGUGUCCUCGCCAUUUGGCUCUCGUACAAACUCACUAUUUACUUUCGUCGCCGUGUCCACUCGACUCCUCUUGAAGGCCCACCCAAUCCUAGCUGGCUGCUGGGUAUCGGCCACAUUAUUUCCGACUCCCAAGAUGCCGGGCUAAUUUACGAACAAUGGGCGCAGACGUAUGGCUCUGUUUACAAGGUGCCUGCAGCACUGGGCGUUUCUCGCGUUAUUCUGUGCGACCCGAAGGCAAUUUCACAUUUCUACUCACGCGAGACCUUUGGGUAUGUGCGGACUGAAGUGACAAAGAGAUCCAUUGAGAACACCGUCGGUCGAGGAGUAUUGUGGGCCGAAGGUGAUAGCCAUAAAAGACAAAGGAAGUCGCUAUCACCUGCGUUCAGUAAUGUAGCUGUCCGCGCACUGACACCUAUCUUCUUCGAUUCCGCAUAUAAGAUCAAGUCGGCAUGGGAUAGCAUGAUUCAAUCCGAGUCGGGAGAUUCAGCCAUCAUCGAAGUGCAAAGCUGGAUGAACCAUCUAUCCCUUGAUUCUAUUGGCAUUGCUGGGUUUUCUCAUGACUUCGGCACGUUGCACGGGAGGCACUCUGCGGUCGGCGAAUUGUUCGGGGCCUUCGGCAUGCUCAAGCCUACUUUCUUGAACACCGCAACAUUCGUCGUUGGGCUCGUGUUUCCAAUCCUGACCAGGGCCCCUACUCAGUUUCGAGUCUUGGUCAAGAGGCUGAAUACAAUUAUGGGGGAAGUUGGAGAGGAAUUGCUCAAUAACAUACAAAAGGAGAGCCAAACUGGUGUCAAGAUAGACGAUAAGAGUAUCAUAGGUCUGUUGAUUAAAGCGGAGAGCGGCAGUGCUGACUCGUCUCAGUUAUCUCGGGACGAAAUGAAGACUCUCAUUUUUGCUGGUUUUGAAUCAACGUCCAUCAGUUUAACGUGGGCUCUCGUCGAACUUUGUAGACAUCCUGAAGUUCAGACAAAGUUGCGUGAGGAGCUUUCCCAAUUCUCCAGCAGCGACCCGUCAUGGGAUCAGCUAAUGAACGGCCUCCCAUAUCUUGACGCCGUCUUUCACGAGAAUCUUCGUCAUCACCCUCCAGUUGGCGAGACCACGCGCGUGGCAACCGCGGAUGACGUUCUUCCCCUCUCCAUUCCCUUCAGAACUCCCGCUGGGGCUGUCGUCGAUCAUGUCGCAGUCUCGAAAGGCCAGGCAAUCACCGUCCCAAUCCAUUGUAUGAACCGCUCUUGCGAGUUCUGGGGCCCGGACGCGAAGAAAUUUGACCCAGAGCGAUGGUUGUGUCCUGAUGGUCUUCCGAAGCGUGCACAAGAUAUUCAGGGCCACCGUCACUUGCUCUCUUUCGUUGAUGGUCCGCGGACCUGCCUCGGACGCGGAUUUGCGCAGGCCGAGUUUAAGGCGGUGUUGUCCGUCAUGGUUCGUCAUUAUGCAUUUGAGUUUAAGGAUGGGCCCGAUACCAAAGUCAAGACUGUAAGGGGACUCCUGCCACGCCCGUCUGUUGUGGGAGAGCUCGGGGCGAAGGUAUCAUUGCGUGUCCGACCUCUGCUAUGA